AUGGAGUACUCCGUACUCCGUACUGGGGUUGUAUACCCACACUACAACAGUCAGUGCAGAUCUCCCGGGUUCAGUCGCAAGGAGCACUGGCACUGGCUAGGAGAGUGCCACUGGCGAUGGAUCGGCAGGAGGGCGUCGACGCCAGCCGCGACGCCCGAAGCCACCGGGAUGAACCGACGUGGAUUUGACGAUCGCAUGGCUCGAGCGAGAUCCACUCGCGCUGUCACAUCAGGGCCAGGACCGGAGCUGGAGCCGCCUUGCAUGAGACUGGAGCCCGACAGCAAAUCGGCGAUGGACCGGAUCGAUGGUGGGCUGUGA